AUGUCGGCAUCGUCCCGCCCGCACCAUCAACGUCAGCCUGCUGUCGCUCCUCUCGGCCGCGAGGGCGACGAGCAGCAGCAGCAGCAGCAGCAGAGUAUUCACUUUUCCGAUCGCGCAGUUCUUGGUGAAAAUGAUCCAGAACAUCAAAUUUUGGUUCCAACGUCCCCGGCACAAAUGACGACGAGCAGAACGCAAAGCGAGCGGCUCCGGCUGCUGACAGAGCGCCAGAGUGACGUGCCAGCCCUUGCACCGCCGUCCUCGCCGGGAGGUGUUCUUUCUGCCGGACCGGAGAUGUCGACGAGGGAACAACUGAAUGAAAAUACUUUCGUGCUAGAAGGGGAACAGCAGCAGCUCCUGCAGAGCCAAAGGCAUCACCUUGAGCAAGAGCAGCAAGAGGAGGGUUUAGGGUUCCUCCACGACAAUGAUGUUGGAGAAGGCCGCGGCGUGCCAAAAGGCGAUGAAGACGACAGUGUUAACUUUGGCCUCAUUCUCGGGUAUCGCGAGGUAGUGGACGUCCGGAAAGCAAAGCAACUCGCGCAAAGAGAACGGGAAAGAGCGCGAGCGCAGAUGAAGAUGGGAGCAGAAGAUGUUGCAGCGCGAAGAGGCGGUGACUAUAUGGAAGAAAAAGAUGGUGGUGCGCCUGCGCGUCCACCAGGAAUUGAACAAGAGCAGAAGUACGGAAGCAGGGCAACAUCCCACUCAGAAAUAGGCAGUUUGAUGAGCCUUCGAAGAAGGACCCGAAGCAAGAUAACGAGCACGCAAAGCCAAAAGAUUUCUACCAGGCCGAAGCGCUGCGUCUGCAUGGGCAAAAGGACAAAGAAAUCGCGGCCCGUUUGCGUGAUGCUCCUCCUUUCGAUUUUCGGCGGGGCUUGUCUGGUCAGUCUUGCCGGAUGGCUGCUGUACGAGGAAUUUUUUGCCGGCAAGGAGAGUCCUGCGGUCUGUGGUGCGCGGGUACGCGAUCAAUGGUGUAAGAACCUGCCGUCUCUGAAGUACGACCCCACAGAUCCGACGGAAAGACCCUGGUUUGACCACUGGGCCGGCAUCGACUUGAUGCAAACCGGACCGAAGCGCUUUGGUCUCACCAGCAAGCGUGGCACGCCAGCCGGUGGGCUUUGGUCCAAGCCGAACAAGGCCACAAGGACGGCCAAGGGCUCCUGGGUGUGCAAGAAGAGCACGAACUUGGAGGGGCGAGCCUUCGGGGACCAGCUGCCUUUGUGGAACACGCCGGGUUUGACCGAUCAUGUGAAUCUCGCGGUGGACCUGUUCUGCGGUGCGGACGCGUACGUGGACAUCGAUGGAACGCAGCCCGUUUUCAAGUACCAAAACCUGACCAGAGAGGAAAAGCACGCCGAGCAAAAAAGAAUUGCCGGUCAGGUUCUCCACGACACCUGUUGCCGCGAGACGCAAGAAACCUUUUGCAUCGAGAGGAUGCAGCCACAGGCCGGACGCGACGAAGCGUGCCGCGAUGUGCGGGCGAUGCGCUUCUUCUGGAAGAAUAGCAAUGGGGAGUACAAACAAACAGCGGGGAGCCAAGGGGGUAGUACAAAUACUGAUAAAGGGAAAUCGAAGGGCAUCCAACUGCAAUCUAGUCGUGGUGUUUCGAAGGCCUGGUUUUGUCAAGACUUUAAAAACUCACCCGGUACGUGGCUCCCAGGCCAACCCCAGUGCUUGGUCGAAGACCUAAACUUGGAGGCAGCCCGAGCGAGCGUGCAAGCAGCUUGCAGUACCCACUACCCAAUCCCUACUACUAUUUCGGCGUAUUGCUCUUUGAGUGCGUAGAAAAUGUGCCUCUUUCUUGGAGAUCAUGUAUCAUUGUUCUCGAGAAUCACUACAAGCAGGCACCAGAGUCACAUUUUUUUACCAGGGAGUCCUCCGACUAUGAAUAUCACGAGGACAUUUCUUAAGCUUUGAAUGCGGGUGGGGAUUCCGAUCCAGCACCAACACAAGAAGAAACGAUUCGAUUUUAAAUGACAAGAGAGAAGAAGAAUAUUAUGUUCCUGCGAGAGAAGAUUCUGAUUCAAAGAUCGAG